UUUUUUUUAUAGCAUCAAAAACAUUUCCUUACACCAUUUUGAUUGUCUCAAACUCGCACACUCUCUCUCUCCACCUCGCCGCUUCUUCCACCUAUCAUUUCUCCCUUCACAGCUUUUUCUAGCAGUGAUGCUCUCUCUUUUUCUUCCUAAAUUAAACCCCUAAGAAACUUCACCUCACUUUCUUUCUCUAAUUUUCCCGAGAAAAUUCCACCUCUCCUUCACAAAAAUGAAGAAACCCCAUCUGGGUAUUUCUCUACUCACUCUUUUCUAUCUGGGUUUCAUUUCUUUUGUAAAUUCACAGCCAAGCGACGACGCUUCAGUCAUGCUUAAACUCAAAGAUAAUCUCGGUAACCCGUCGUUUUGGCCCGGUUCUGAUCCGUGUAAUGGCAACUGGAAACAUGUGACGUGUGAUUCUAGUAACCGGGUUACUGAUAUUCAAAUCGGCCGGCAGAAUUUAGUGGGUACUUUACCUCCAGAGCUUGUAAAGCUCACAGCUUUACAGAGAAUUGAGGUAAUGUUUAAUAAUCUAACCGGUUCGGUUCCUAAUCUUUCUGGGUUAAGUUCAUUACAAGUGGUUCUUUUGCAUGAUAAUGGGUUCGGUUCGUUUCCGGCUGGUUUUUUUGAUGGGUUGAAUUCUAUUACUACUGUUAGUCUAGAUUAUAAUCCGUUUGAGCCUUGGGAGAUUCCUGUUAGUCUUGUGAAGGCUACUACUUUGAAGGAAUUUUCUGCUAAUGGGGCUAAUUUGAUUGGUAAAGUUCCUGAGUUUUUGAAUAAUGAUGUGUUUCCUGGCUUGGAAAGUUUGCAUUUGGCUAUGAAUUCUUUAGAGGGUGAAUUGCCUGAGAGCUUUGCGAAAUCGUCUGUGAUUAGUUCGCUUUGGCUUAAUGGUCAGAAGAGUAGCUCUCAACUUAAUGGUAGUAUUUGGAUGUUGCAAAAUAUGACUGGUUUGACUGAGAUUUGGUUGCAUAAGAAUCAGUUUACCGGUCCAUUACCGGACUUUUCCGGGUUUAAUCAGCUGCAGAAGUUGAGCUUGAGAGAUAAUGGAUUCACUGGUGUUGUUCCUGACUCGUUGGUGAAGCUUCCUACUCUUGCUGUUGUCAAUUUGACUAAUAAUUUGCUUCAGGGACCGACGCCGGCGUUUCCGGAUUCUAUUCAAGUGGAUAUGAAAGCGGAAUCUAAUAGGUUUUGCACGCCUAAUCCGGGUGUUCCUUGUGAUCCUCGUGUUGAUGUUCUUUUAUCCAUUGUGAAAGAUUUUGGCUACCCUGCUAGUUUAGCUGAUAGUUGGGAAGGAAAUGACCCUUGUGCGCAAUGGAAAGGGAUUACUUGUUCACCUGGGGGAAACAUUACUGUUAUCAAUUUUCAGAGUAUGGGGCUUACUGGUACAAUUUCUCCCAAUUUUAAGUUGAUUCCUUCACUGCAAAAGUUAAUUUUGGCGAAUAAUUUGCUCAGUGGGACUAUACCAUCUGAGCUUGCAACUAUGCCUAGUCUUUCUUUGUUAAAUAUUGCAAAUAAUAGGGUGCACGGUAAGGUACCUGAUUUUAAACGAGUGCAAGUGAUUACUGAUGGAAACGUUGAUAUCGGAAAAGAUAGUAGCAGCUUCGCUCCCCCUGGUUCAACUCCUGGGAGCACACCUUCUAGUGAACAUGGAGGAGGAGGUGGUGGUGGUUCUGGUGGAAGUGGUUCUGGUGGAAGUGGUAAUAAGAGUUCAAGUACGGGAAAAAUUGUAGGCUCUGUAGUUGCUGUUGUUUGCGGGUUAUGUGUGGUUGGAUUGGGAGUCUUUUUCUUUAACAGGAAACAGAAACGGUACAGUAAAGUGCAAAGUCCGAAUAUGGUUAUUCACCCUCGCAAUUCUAACAAUCAGGAUGCAGUGAAGAUCACUGUUGCUGAAUCAAGUGGCAAUGAUAGGGCUGAGAGUGUUACUAAUAGUAACGGAUCUAGUGACCUCCAUGUGGUUGAGGCUGGAAAUAUGAUGAUCUCAAUUCAAGUCUUGAGAAAUGUGACUAACAAUUUCAAUGAGAAGAAUAUACUGGGAAAGGGGGGUUUCGGAACUGUUUACAAGGGAGAAUUGCACGAUGGGACGAAGAUUGCAGUAAAGAGAAUGGAAUCAGGAUUGAUGAGUGAAACGGGUCUGGCCGAGUUCACAUCUGAAAUUGAAGUGCUUAAUAAAGUCCGACAUCGCCACUUGGUUGCACUCCUUGGAUAUUGCUUGGAUGGAAAUGAGAGACUUCUUGUAUAUGAGUAUAUGCCUCAAGGGCCUCUUAGUAACUUCCUUUUUAAUUGGAAGGAAGAGGGAUUGAAGCCACUCGAAUGGACUAGAAGAUUGACCAUUGCCUUGGACGUUGCCAGAGGCGUUGAAUAUCUUCAUGGACUAGCGCAUCAAAGUUUUAUUCACAGAGAUCUCAAGCCAUCAAACAUUCUUCUCGGAGAUGAUUUGCGUGCUAAAGUUGCAGAUUUCGGACUGGUCCGUCUUGCUCCAGAAGGAGGGAAAGCAUCAUUUCAUACUAGAUUAGCCGGAACUUUUGGGUAUCUUGCUCCUGAAUACGCAGCGACCGGAAGAGUUACUACCAAAGUUGAUGUGUUCAGCUUUGGUGUCAUACUAAUGGAGAUUAUCACCGGAAGAAGAGCACUUGAUUCAAACCAGCCAGAGGAUAGCAUGCAACUCGUUACUUGGUUCCGCAGGAUGCACAACAAUAAGGACACAUCACGUAAGACCAUCGACUCAACAAUUGAGCUUGAUGAAGAAACCCUCGCCAGCAUUAGCACGGUAUCUGAGCUAGCCGGCCACUGUACAUCACGAGAACCCUCCCAAAGGCCGGAUAUGGGUCAUGUAGUCAAUGUUCUUUCAUCUCUUGUCGAGAUAUGGAGACCGGCAGAACAAGAUCCCGAUGGCAUAUUUGGAAUUGAUCUUGAUAUGACCUUACCACAGGUACUCAAAAAGUGGCAAGAUUUCGAGGGAAGAAGCAAUAUUGACGGAGUUUCGUUUGCUACCAGUGGGGAUAAUACUCAGACCAGUAUACCAACACGGCCUUCCGGCUUUGCCGACUCAUUUACAUCAGCAGAUGGACGAUAAACAAAGAUAAAGAAAGAUCGAGGAUAUGACGCGUAAUCAAUCGGUUUGUUUUGUUUUGUUUAUUCCAUCUGCUGAUGCUUGGUAAGGUCAAAAUGUUCUUUCAUUGUUGUGGUGUUGUUAAGAGGCUAAAAAUUGCAAAUAGGUAGAUACUCUUAAGAAUGAGAUUAUAUCUAUUGCUCAUCUUUUUUAUUUGUUUACUUUAAGUUUGAUUUGAGUUUUAGUUUAGCUCCCCUUUUGUUCUACAAGAUUCCUAGCACAAUGGGAACGAAUGGUUGAACAUGGUAAUAUUCUAUGUAUGAAUUGUAAACAUUUUGCCUUGUUUUAUGUAAAAAAAUUAGGGAUCUUCAUUGAUUUGCUUUUAUGUAAUAUUUUUUCCAUGCGCAAAGUAUUUAUUGAUCAUGCCUAAUGAUGAAA